GAAAUGUUUUGGUUGGCCAACUACUAAACGUUCGACACUUCAGCGAGCGUUAGUGGUGCACACUGGCUCUCUUCUCAAGCAGUUAAAGUGCUGUCAAAAAGUAGUUUUAAGCGAAAAGGACAAUGGAGGUAAACGGCGGUCCUGCGAACUCCACAGUGACUUCAGAGGUGUCAUUGUCGUUUCAAGAGGAACUAACCGCGACCCUGCAAAACGCGCUCGGUGUGGCGGUGGAGAUCGCCGUUGUGGAGAUCACCAGACUGCUGGACAGAGCCCUCCGAGAGGUGCAGGGACAGAUUCAGGAGGCUCUGCGGGACAACAGCGCGCUCAAGUUUAGACUGCAAACCGCUGAAACGCAACUCUCCUCAGUGUGCGGUGGCCUGGACCUGCAGACGCAGAGCCUCGAGGAUUUCCCCGUCAGUAACAGCAGCAGCAGCGGCGGCGGUCAGCUGAUGCCUCCUCCUCUCAGCAGAGCUCAGCGCGGCGGGCUCCAGGUCAGUGCUGUUAACAUCCGGCAACAAACCCAGUCCAGUGUGAACUCGGAACAAGAUUAUUUGCUGUGUGAACCAAAGGACACCACUGUUUUCCAGCGAGUACCGAUGUGCGGGAACCCACUCGCAGAAUCGGCUUUAAACUCUGACUCACUAGGGGAAGCGACCCACUAUCACCACGGGGCAAAUGACACCAAGAAUGAGCAGCACGGUAUGACCAAAGCUGACCUGUCAUGUGCUGGAGAAGUUUCGCAUGUGCUGAGUGAUCCGUCGUCCCUUGAAGUGGCUAUAAAGGUGGAGAAAGAGGAGAGUUAUGGUGACCCAAUCCCUGUGUCCAUCUCUGUAGCAGAAGAGCCAAACUCAGACAGUCUUUCUCUGGCUCAAUCGCGACUGCUGGAAGACUGGAGACCUGAGCAAUUGCAAUCAGAGAGCUGCCAUACAAACAUGCCUUGCCAGUCUGCCAACCACCCUGUUGAUUUCCUGUCAUUGUCAGGCUCGGGCCAGCAAAUCCACUUUCCAAAGCUCAACAAUCGCAAGAGGCCCGAUCACUUUAUGUUUCCCGGAGGCCGAGGACCGUACCAUUGUAUCAUAUGUGGACGAGACUUCAACCGCAAGCACCAUCUGAAGAUUCAUCAGAGGAUCCAUACAGGAGAGAGGCCGUACACAUGCUCCAUCUGCAGCGCACGCUUCCGGCAUGCUUUGACUCUUAAGCGUCACUUCCGCCUCCAUACAGGAGAGAAACCUUAUACUUGCGGUCAGUGUGGGAAAAAGUUUCGAAAUGAUGGUGGAUUGCGGUCGCAUCAGUGUUCAUGACACCUACUGUAUGAAAGCAUUAUUUAUGGUAGUUUUGCGACAUUAAUGGGGUACAUGCACAUGGACUUUUAACUUCAGCCAGCCUCAGCGCUUCCGGUGAGCUUUCUUUCCAUUAUAAAAGUGCCAUGUCUGUUUUCCUUAAAAAUCAGUUAUCUUCACUGCCUUUAUAAAGUAGGUCUUAGACCGGACAAGGAGCGCUGCAUUAAAUCCCAUUUUCCCCCG